CUUUUUCAUCGAAAGACUUGACCAUUGGACUUUUAGCUACCUCGAACUGAAUUUCCUACUCAUAUCCUGGAUGGUUCUACGUAAUCACACCGCAAUUUACAAACAUUUGCUUUAGUCCUCUUCAAUCUUCACUUAUAGAAGUCCUCUUCACCCUUCUUCUGCUCAGCUCUCGCUAACAUCUUAAUCGACUCUCCGAUCAUGUAUUCAACAAACUCAAAUGUUUAUCAACAGUACUCUCAAGCCCCAAAUCCAUUCGGCCAAACCACCACCACUGGUGUCCCGGUGAGCUCCACAGGCCGAUACUAUGAAACUUCCCAACCAGCUGCGUUUCAUGUUCAGUCCUCUACAAACCCAAACUCCUAUGACAAGUACUCCCACGCGCCGCCUUCUUUCGACCAAGAGGCCGCCAGUAACGGUGUCCCAGUGAGCUCCACCAGCCAAUUCUAUGAGGCUUCACAGCCUGCAACUCCGUUUCUUGUUCAGUCCAAAGCUCGAGUGCCUUGGUCAACUGGUCUCUGUGACUGCUUCUCGGAUUACAAAAAUUGUUGCUUGACUAUGUGGUGUCCGUGUAUUACUUUUGGUCGAAUUGCAGAGAUUGUGGAUAAAGGAUCCUCAUCUUGUGGUGCUGGUGGAGCCCUUUACACACUAAUUUGUUGUGUGGUUUGUUGUCCUUGCUUCUACUCGUGCUUCUAUCGAUCAAAAAUGAGGCAACAAUACACCUUGGAGAAAAGUCCUUGUGGGGAUUGCUUGGUUCAUUGUUGCUGUGAAUCAUGUGCCUUGUGCCAAGAGUAUCGUGAGCUCGAAAGCCGUGGAUAUGACAUGAAGAUUGGUUGGCACGGAAAUGUGGAGCGCCGUAAUCGGGGUGUCACCAUGGCCUCAACCGCUCCCGUGGUGGAAGGAGGCAUGACCCGGUAGGGUGCAUCAAUAUACGAGAUCUACAGUGGUUGACUUAAUUAAGUAGCAAAUAUGUAUUAAUAUUUUUUUUUUAAUAGAGUUAUGUUAUUCUUAUGCUUGAAACAGUGUUUUGAACGAAAAAAAUCAUUCCCAGCAGCAUUCAAACCUAACCGAGGGUGCACAUGUAAUUAUGCAUUUACUAGAAUAUAGAUGAACUCGUUUGUGAUUA